AUGUUGGGAGAAAAGGCACAAGGCGUUCCAUUGAUGGUAGGCGUAAUGGACUACAACUAUGAUGAAGAUUUGGAAGAAUUGUGUCCUGUUUGUGGAGAUAAGGUCUCAGGAUACCACUAUGGACUCCUUACAUGUGAAAGUUGUAAGGGCUUCUUCAAGAGGACAGUCCAAAACAAGAAGAGGUAUACUUGUGCAGAAAACCAGGAGUGUAAAAUAGACAAAACACAGCGGAAGAGAUGUCCCUGCUGCCGAUUCCAGAAAUGCCUCGAUGUUGGCAUGAGAUUAGAAGCUGUGCGUGCAGACCGCAUGCGUGGGGGCAGGAAUAAGUUUGGCCCCAUGUACAAGCGGGACAGAGCCAUGAAGCAGCAGAAGAAGGCUUUGAUCCGUUCCACGGGCUUCAAGAUGGAGUCUGCUCCUCCACAGCUCUCCCCUGUACAGACUAACUAUGGCUUCACUGGUACCCUGCACAGCCUCCCAUCCGUCCCCAAGGGCCUCAUGCCCUCCAUCCCAGCCUCCAUCACCCCCACAGACUAUGAGGCCAGCCUCUACGGACCCUCCUCCCUGGGGGUGGCCAUGCAGCCCCAUGGACCCCUGCCUACUCAGUACCUGUGCACAGCAUUCCCCAGCAGGGCCAUCAAGUCUGAGUACUCUGACCACCACACAAGCUCCCCAGAGUCUCUGGUGGGGUACCCCUUUCCGGAUGUGUACCCCUCCGGAGGCUCCCCACAGCCUCCCCCCCUCUCCCCCCUGGUGCUAGAGCUGCUGCGCUGCGACCCAGAUGAGAUGCAGGUGCAGAGUAAGAUCAUGGCCUUCCUGCAGCAGGAGCAGAGUGGCCGGGGCCGGCAGGACAGGCUCAGCACAUUCAGCCUCAUGUGUCGCAUGGCCGACCAGACUCUGUUCUCCAUAGUGGAGUGGGCCAGGAGCUGCAUCUUCUUCAAGGAGCUCAAGGUGGGGGACCAGAUGAAGCUUCUUCACAACUGCUGGUCUGAGUUGCUGGUCCUGGACCAUGUCUUCAGACAAGUGCAACAUGGGAAGGAGAGCAGCCUGCUGCUGGUUACUGGCCAGGAGAUGGAUCUGUCAUCCGUGGGGUCACAGGCAGGCUUGAGUCUGUCAGGCCUGGUCCAGGGAGGACAGGAGCUGGCUGGGAAGCUACUAGCCCUGCAGGUGGACAGGAGAGAGAUUGCCUGCCUCAAGUUCCUCCUCCUCUUCAAUCCCAAUGUGAAGCUGUUGGAGAACCAGGUGUUUGUGGAGAGUGUUCAGGAGCAGGUGAAUGGGGCUCUGCUGGAGUACACUGUGUGCACCUACCCCCUGUAUCUGGACAAGUUCAGCCAGCUGGUGCUGCAUCUGCCAGAGCUGCGUGCCCUCAGCACCCAGGCAGAGGACUACCUGUGCUACAAACACCUGAGUGGGGAGGUGCCCUGCAACAACCUGCUCAUUGAGAUGCUGCAUGCCAAGAAGGCCUGUAUAUGAGCACCACGUUACCAUUACUAUACACCAGCAGACUGUCUGUG